UCUCUAGGAGGAGGACAAUCGCCUUUCAUGCUCGCAGCAUUGUAACAUUUUCCCCCGGCCGAUGCUCGCAUGCUUGUUUUUGUUCUGUGCACGUUUACGUCCUAUAAAAUUCAAUUUAUUUAGUCCAAUUCAGAAGCAACCGUAAGGGUUCAUCAUCGCUUCUGCACUCGACACUUUCUGAGUCGACUCAUCUUUUUAUGCCUGAUCUAUUGGGAUUCAGAGUGGGUGUUGUCACAGGACGAUGAUCGAGAGACCCGACUCAGCUGUUUCCAGCGUUGCACAGAGGAAUCUGGAGGGUUAUGUCGGCUUCGCCAACCUCCCCAACCAGGUGUACAGGAAGUCCGUGAAGAGGGGGUUUGAGUUCACACUCAUGGUUGUCGGUGAGUCUGGACUGGGCAAAUCCACGCUCAUCAAUUCCCUCUUUCUGACAGACCUGUACUCCAAAGACUACCCUGGCCCAUCUCAGAGGAUCAAAAAGACUGUUCAGGUGGAACAGUCCAAAGUGCUGAUAAAGGAGGGGGGCGUUCAGCUCACACUCACCAUCGUCGACACACCAGGCUUUGGAGAUGCGGUGGACAACAGCAACUGCUGGCAGCCAGUCAUCAACUACAUCGACAGUAAGUUUGAAGACUUCCUGAAUGCUGAAUCUCGUGUCAACAGGAGGCAGAUGCCUGACAACAGGGUGCACUGCUGCUUGUACUUCAUCGCCCCCUCUGGUCACGGACUGAAGCCUCUUGAUAUCGAGUUCAUGAAGCGUCUGCAUGACAAAGUCAAUGUCAUUCCCCUCAUCGCCAAGGCCGACACUCUCACACCAGAAGAGUGCCAGCUUUUCAAGAAACAGAUUAUGAAGGAGAUCCAAGAGCACAAAAUCAAGAUCUACGAGUUUCCCGACACAGAGGACGAUGAGGACAGCAAACUGAUCCGAAAGAUAAAGGAGAAGAUGCCUCUGGCCGUGGUCGGAAGCAAUGUGGUGAUCGAAGUGAAUGGCAGGAAGGUCAGAGGUCGCCAGUACCCCUGGGGUGUGGCAGAAGAGGGCAUUAUUGUGGAGAACGGUGAGCACUGUGACUUCACGGUCCUGAGGAAUAUGCUCAUCAGGACUCACAUGCAGGACUUGAAGGACGUGACCAAUAAUGUUCACUAUGAAAACUACCGCAGCAAGAAACUAGCAGCCGUCACCUGCAACGGGGUCGAUGCCACCAAGAACAAGGGCCAGCUAACGAAGAGUCCCUUGGCCCAGAUGGAGGAGGAGAGGAGGGAGCAUGUGAUGAAGAUGAAGAAGAUGGAGACCGAGAUGGAGCAAGUCUUUGAGAUGAAGGUCAAAGAAAAGAAGCAAAAACUGAAGGACUCUGAGGCAGAGUUGGAACGGCGUCACGAACAGAUGAAGAAGAAUCUAGAAGCUCAGUAUAAAGAGCUUGAUGAGAAGAGACGCCAGUUUGAGGAGGAAAAAGUCAACUGGGAGGCCCAGCAGCGCAUCCUGGAGCAGCAGAAACUUGAUGCAUCAAAGACAAUGGAAAAGAACAAGAAAAAAGGGAAAAUCUUUUAAAGAAAUCAUGAAGCUCCAUUCCUCAUAACCAGAAACUCCUUGCAUCUCUUCUGAUGCUAUGAUGAUCUAUGACCCCAUAAGAAACACAUGCGCAAGCGCUACUGUACACGUUUCCUGCACACUCCAUUGCACCAAAUCAAAUGAGUUUAUCACCAUCUUCUGGUUGACUGUCACAUUACACCACAUGUCAAGUGCAUGUCUGUCUUGACCAACAUUCCCUUGGUUAUUACAAACAAGACUGUGUUUGUAAUAUCAACAGAACAGGCUGUUUUCAGACAUUUUCAACUCUGCUGACAUCAUUCGCACACCCUUAGUCUUAAGAAGGUCUCAGUAGGUUUGUAAAGAUGUGAUGGAGAAUGAGACAGACAGAUGGAAGCAUGUGCAAAGAGUUUAUACAGAAUUAAGCAUGUAUGUGUUGAAAAGAUUGAUGGUUAAUGGCGUUUGAGACCUGCUGGUGUGCGUCACAUGAUGUUGUGUGUUUCUCUGGGGUCAUAGACAAACCUGUUUAAACAUUAUUGCACAGCUAAAUGACGACAAUAACCGUUUUCCAUGUUUUUAAACCAUUUGCAGGCUGUGUACGUAGAUAAUUGUGUCCCUACCAUAGUUGGUGUCCUCCAAAAUGGCAUGAUUGUCAACAUUAAUAACAAACAAUUAGUCAGUUUUGAUAUGGAUGAAUAUAAAAUAAUUACAGUAAUAUUUGAGGACGUUGCUCGAACGUUCUGCCUUAAAUUUGCAGACUGUUUCGGUAUUUGUCUGCUCAUGUUUUGUUUUUAUUUGUGAUCAUGUCAGAUGUCCCCUCAGUCUAUUCCGAAACUGAUCUGAGACCAGUUUUGUUUCAUUUUAAAAGUUGAGAGUUGGCUUUUUAGUUGUUGGAGCUGGUCCUGGAUCAGGGCUUGGUGGUCAGUUUUAACCUAAGUGAGUUUAGUAUCUUAUUUUAGCCAUACUUACACCUCUUUAUAAUAAACUCACUUUACAUUCCAAAUGUUGAUAAGAAUCGAAGCGCUCUUUGUUUCUGUUGGAUAGUUUAGAUUGACGGCACGCAGGCUCUAUCACAUGCCAAACAGCGUAUAGACCGCAACGUGCACGACCAUUGCAAAGAGUCCCUGUAUGCCUCAUGUGUUCACACACUAUUAUAUAUUUUGCAGGUUUGUCAUUAUGCAAGUUCGAACACUCAGUUCUUCCUGUCGUGGAUCGCUAAACCACACAGACGCUCUGAAGUACAUGUUUGGUUUUUAGUAGAACAGUAUUUUGGAAAAAAGGAAAACUCUUUUCUUUAACCACUACACUUUUUUUUAAUAGUAGACCUGAACAUGGCUCUAGACAUGUUUGUUUUCUUAUAAUUUUUUGUACAUGUAUACGAUUUUCAAUCUCCAAUUGUUAUCUUCAUCUGUUAUUCUUUCUGCCUAACUGUACAUUAUUAAACUCGAGAUGUUAUGCUGAU